AUUCGGUGCAUCGAUCAAUAAUUCUACAAGGAUUGAUGCCGGUUUUUACAACAUAAUUUUGAAAAAAUAUUAAAAAAAUGCUGGAGAAUGUGGUCGCAUGGGUUCUAAACAAUUAUAUUGGAGAGUAUCUGGAAGAUUUGAAUACCGAUCAGUUGUCAGUUGCACUUUUAUCUGGACAAGUUGAAUUGGAAAAUGUUCCACUCAAAAAGACAGCUCUUCGAAAAUUGGAUCUUCCAGUCGAAGUUAAAUCAGGUCUCCUUGGAAAACUGACAUUAUCAGUUCCAAUUACUCAUAUAAGAUCAGAGCCAUGGACAUUAAAGCUCAGCGAUGUGCUCAUUAUAGUUGGACCAUUAUCUAGUGAAAAACGAUAUGAUGUGGAAGCAGUUGAACAAGUAGAGCAACAACGAAAAGAGCAAAUGCUGGAAGAACUCGAAUUACGACACAAGACGGCGUUAUUCGAUUUGUGUGGAAUUCCGAUUCCAGAAUCACAGGAUUCGUGGUGGGGAGCAUCACUUAUUUCAACUGUGCUCAAUAAUAUUCAGUUAAUUCUCAACAAUGUUCACAUUCGAUACGAAGAUGAUACCACAAUUCCUGGACAAACAUUCAAUUGUGGAAUUCGAAUUCAAAAAAUGACAAUGCAAACCACAAAUCAUCAUUGGAAACCCGGAUUCGCUGAACCACAAAAAGGAACGAAUACUUUCAAGAAAUUAGAAUUAGGCGGUUUCAGUAUUUAUUGGAAUUCGAAAACCACGAUGACGGAAAAUAUUGAAGAUUCGAAGCAGCUGAAGUUGAUUCUUGCACCUGAAACAUCCUCUAACGCUUAUAUUAUUCAACCAUGUAGCGCUGAAUUGAGAAUGGAAAAGAAUUCGAGCAAAUUUCCAUUGAAAAGCAAAGUUCCACGAUUUAAGUUCUUUAUGAGGCCCGACAUCUUAGGAUUAGAAUUGACGAGGCAUCAGAUGACACAGUUGAGAGCUGUAAAUCGAGAAUGGGCAAGAUUUGAAAGAGCUAGGCAACACAGAAAGUGGAGACCAUUGUGCACAAUUGGAGAAAAUGCAAAAGAAUGGUGGAAGUUUGCAUACAAUCGAGUUCUUGAAGAAAGUCGACGAGCCAAUGCCAAUCGAACGUGGGAUUUUGCACACGAAAGAGCGAGUAGAUUCAAUGCAUACUGUAGAGCUUAUCGAAAACGACUUAUUGGAUUAAUUGCGAAUCCUAAUGCAAUUCAAUCGACAGUUAGUACAGAUGACUCGAAUACAAAUCCAUCAAAUGCUCUGGCCGUAGUUCCUGUGACAACUUCGAAUGGAGCUUCCAGUAAUCACAAUCAAUCUUUGGAAAGUACUGCAAUCAUGAAACAGAUCGAACGAGAUGCUCAAUACACAUAUCACGAAUUACAUCUUUUUCGGGAAACUGUUUUUCGAAAGCUCAUCAGAGAAAAAGAGAAAGAGUUGGGAAUUACCGCAGCUCCAAUUGACACUGAGGAUGCAUUUGAGACACUUGAACCACCACCGGAUGAGAUUAUUGUUGAUGAACCAACUGCUCCAACUGAACCAACUAAUGGUGGUCUGUAUGGUUGGAUUACUGGAUUCUUUGGGCAAGCUCAACAAGAUGAGAAGCAGGAGGAUAAUAAAUUUGACUUUGGCAAUGUAGAUGUUGGAGAGUUGAAAGAUAUUAAUGUUAAAGAAAUGGAAGAGGAGAUUCUGGAUGUUUUACACGAAUCGUGGGAUGAUUCAACGCUUCUUCGAAGGGAUGCUCUAUUGGCUCAAAUAUCAUUACGGCUGGAACAUUUAACAUUAAGAUUUGUUGAUAGUGAUGUUCAUGAUGGUAUCGAACAACAACGAGUUCUUGCAUUGGAGUUAUCUGGAGUCAGUUCACGUUGGGAACUCAGUCCGAAACAACAUUAUUUAUCAGUUGAUGUAACUGUUAACGAUAUGAGUGUUCAACGUCUUCGAUCAGGACAUCCACGGCCGAAAAGCAAGUUUGCAGAACUCUCGGAAUCUCUAUUAUAUUCAACUGCAGAAAGUACAAAAAUGCUUUUGACAGUUGGUAGAGAUGGAACAGAUGUAAUAUCUUCAAAAGUUCCAAUGUUCAGUAUGCAUUACAUUCGAAAAUCACCCAGAUUGAUUGUAAAACACAUGGUUAAUUGUCGAUUGAGGCCUGUGAGUAUUGUCUACGAAGAAGGAGCACUUGAAGGACUAUCCACGUUGUUCUCCGAUGAUCCGACAGUUUUUGAUGAGUUUAUGAAGAAAGCGGCACAAGCAAGUGGAUCCAGUGAAUCGGAUGAAGCAUUGGUUGAUAUUAAAGUUGAUGCUCAAAAUGUUUCAAUAAUCGAAUCGCAUGUUUUUGUGAAUUUGGAAUUACCAGCAGUUCGAAUGGAAGUUCGUGGUAGAGGAUGGACCAGAAGAGAACUACGUCCAACUACAAUAUGGGAACCAGGAGAGCCGAUUGCAUGUUUGAAUGUUGAUGGGCUCAAUUUCAAUGUGGUUUCAAAAGAACAACACUUGACCAACUUGAAACUUGCUAUUGGGCAUAUGGAAAUGAGGGAUAUGAUCGAGAAUACAUCAUAUCCACUAUUCACCACUUCAUCUCAAGCCUCACAAAUGAAAUCGAUCUCGAAUUCCUGUCCAGAUCUUCAUAAAACUGAAAAAAGUGUUCCUGCUCGGCAAUCGAAAUCUCAUCAGAAUCAUCAUAUUCCAAUAAUUUCGUCUUCGGUACCAGAUGAAUCAUAUGCUGAUUAUAUAAAACCUUUAAAUCUAACGACGAUGACAAUUACAUCUGCCACGUCAAUUGACAAUCACGCAUUGACAAGUGCGCCGGCGCCCCCGAUUCCGAGUAGAGUUAUGAAGCCGGAAGUGACGAUCAAGAUGACCUAUGUGGACAAAUUGCACUCACAGUUUGAGAGAAAAUAUAAAAAGCGCAAUUGCUCGAUCGAAAUAGAAAUGGAUGAGAUGGAAAUGCAAAUGAAUCGACGUACAUGGACAGCUCUUCUUGAAAUGAGUGGUAUACUUGGAGUAGAUGAACAUGAAAAGUCGGAAGAAAAUGUAACAGUCACAAAUAAAACAACAUCGUCGAAAGCAGUUGCCUCUUUCCUUGUUGGAUGUACUCUCAGAGCACGAAAUUGGAGAGUUGGAAUGCCUUUUCCAAAGAAUAACACACGACUUGGUGUAAUUUCACUGAUGAACACAGAGCUCGAGUCAACAAUGGAGCUUAGUGAGAGCAAUUCGAAUACGUUGGCAAUGAAGCUAAUGGUUGAUGGAAUGAGAAUUGAUGAUUCAACACCAUUUUAUUCAGAAAUGUACACGGAACGCUUGAUCAUGCUUGACGAACAAUUUGAAAAUGCAUCCAGUGGAUUUGGAGGCCCGACUCAAACGAAACGAAGGCUAGAUGACUCCAAACGAAUUGUGAUCGAUGUUGUGAAGUAUUUGGGAGAAGAUCCUUCGAGAGAAUGUGAUGUUUCAAUUGGUUUUCAUGUUCCAUCGAAUCAAAAGUUCUAUUAUGUUCAUACUCAUCGAUUCUUCUGUGCUCUUAUGGAAUUCUGGAUGCAAUUCAAUGAGUUAAUGAAUAUUGUUACAAAAAGCAAGAAAUUGAAAGUUGAAGAAGGAGCACGUGCAAAAUGCUCACUUGAUGUCGAUAUUCAAUGUGCAGUUUCAUUUCUGAUGCCUCUGAACUCUACGUCACCUGAGAUUUUAUUGUGGCAAGCUGAUUCGAUGAAACUGAAAAACACUUUCAAGACCCUUUCUUCUUUGAAAACAGAGAUUUUUGAUAAAUACUCGAUCGAAAGUGACUAUGGAUAUGAUUCGAAUAUUGAUUGCCUAUUGGAUUAUGGUGAUAUGAUUCUUUCGAAUGUUCGUGCUCAUGAAGCUCGUCAAAUUGAUCGUCUACAGAAUAUGAAGAAUCUGGAUUUAGUUGGAGAGAAAGCAUUCCAACAAGCCGCUUUUGUGCUCACAAGUCCAAAUGUGUUUUCUCGAAGAUUUGAUCUUAACAAUAAGUUUCUUCGAAAUUUAGAUUCAGUGUUCUCCAAAAACGCACCGGAUCUGACCAUCAUCACACGAAUCAGUGGACUGAAAUGGAGAAUGACGACACAGUUUUAUGUUCUGAUGAGAGCAGUAAUUGAGAAAAACUUUGGAGAACCAAUGAUCCCUGUGGCUGAAACGAUUCCAACAGAGAUUCUACAAUUACCAACUGAUGUAAUGGAGGUGGAAUGCAUUCAGAAAUAUGCGACACUCUCCUUCCGAAUGGUUUUCGAAGAUGUUGAUUUGAAUUUGGAAGUUCCUAGGAAACUUGGUGAACAACAGAAGGCGGUUCUAGAUGGAAAAUGGCAGCCAUUUGCAAACGUAAAGUUGGAAAGAGCACGGAUUUCAUUUGAUGCAUUUGAAGAUAAUCAAUCGGAAUUAGAUUUGAUUUGUGAGAGAGUCGAAUUAGUUGACACGACCUCCAACGGACCGAAGAACUGUUUCCCAGUCAUUUUGCAACAUACCGAUUCAGGAAAACAUUCUCGACCAGCAACUCCUGUCACAUCUUCCAUUAAUUCUUCUCUGAUGCUUGAAGCACAUAUAAUGAUGAAAAAAGAUGAAUGUCCCGUUCUCACACUCGUUCUAUGUAACGCCCGUGUCAUUCUUGCCUACGAUUGGCUCGACGAUCUGAAACAAUUUAUAAUGCUUUAUACCGAUUUUAUUCCGAAAUAUUCCGAUGAGAUUCCAUAUCACCUCACAGAGUCUGGGCGUCGUCAAACAUUUUCGAAAACUCAUGAUGGAGCUAUAAUCGAACGAAAUGCACAUGCAACUGAUUCCACUUCAUCACAGUUUCCAACGUUUUCAGUUAAGAUCACACUUCGAGAUUCUGAUCUUUAUAUACUGGAGAAUCCGUUUGUAAAAAAUAGUUUUGCAAUGAUAGCGUCAACUACUGCAGUAUUGAAUAUGAAUGAUAAUGGUGGAUAUAUUUCUGCAAAUUUGGAAAUUCAAUCAAUGAAGCUUGGAUGGUGUUCAAUGCAACAUGAGAAACAAACGAGAAAUUUAUGUUCAAAUGAUUUCUCGAUAACUAUUGCAUUGCACAUUGAUACAUCUUUAUUUGUAAAUCAAUCGAAACAGAAUAAGGGAAUGGUUGUAACACCACCGAUACGGCAUGCUUUAGAGGAACAAAAUUCAACUACUUUUUUGAUAGAGAUCGAAGUUGUCAAAAUGAUUUGCCGAUUGUCGUACAAAGAUGCUCGUGCUUUGAAGGCAGUUAUUCAAGGAUAUACCAAGAAUUAUAUAGAAGUACUGAAGAAACCAUUGAUUCCAAUUAUUGUUCCACAACCACCAUCUAAACCAAUUGACAUUUCAAUGUACAUGAUUCAAACUGAACAUACGGAUUUAUGGAUUCUCGACGAUCUUCAGUCCAACUCGAUUCCAUUGUUGAGAUUAUCAGUUGCUCAUGUUUGCUUGAAAAAGACGGGUGAACGAAUCAUUGCUUCAUUCCAUGUUUCAAUGGAUUAUUUCAAUCAAAGAAUAUUCGGAUGGGAACCUGUCAUUGAAGAAUGGAAAAUUCUUCGCUUCCUGCACAACAAAAAGGAUUUAAAACAAACUAUCGAAUGGGUCGCUGAGACGAAGAGUACUUUGAAUAUUAAUGUUACCGAACAGCUCAUUCAACAAUCGAUUCAAUGGAAUACCAAACUUCCGGCUAUUCUUGCUUCAUUCGAACGUGACGAUUUCAGAAAUCAGUGUACUCGAUCGAGUAGUGAUCAUUUACCAUAUGUGAUGAAGAAUACAACAGGUUGUGAAGUUCAUUUCACCACAGCCGUGGAAGAUGUUUUAACGGCAAGAUCGGAGCAGAGAAAGUCAACAACUAGAUGGAUGACAGUUGGAAGAGGACAAGAAAAGAAUUUCGAAUUCCCGGCAAGGCUUUUACUUUAUUCACAUCUUGAAAGGGAACCACCUCGUCAGUUGAUAGUCCGUGUGUCAGGAUGGGAUGAAAUAUCGCCUGUUAAUGUUGAUUCGUGUGGAACUUAUUUCCGAGUUAUCAAAGCUCUUCGUCCACAACUCAAAAAUGCUCGUCUACUUAUUUCGGUAACGAUGGAGAAUGAUGGAAAGAAAGUAGUUACAUUGAAAUCUUCAAUUGAUAUCACAAAUCAUCUACCACAUCCAAUUGCCGUUCAGACUGAAGGAACAAUUUCAGAAGGCGGUGAAGUGAUGAGUGUAGAGCCAAAUGGAGUUGUCUCAGUGCCUCUCGAAUUCGCACAUUGUACAUUGACCGCUUAUCCUGUUGGACCAAUGCCAGUGAUUGAACAUGCAGAAUUAUCAUGGAAAAGUGUACGGAUAUCAGGAGAAGUGUGCAAUCAGACACAGAGGCUCAAAACUCGAUCUGACUCGAAUCUCAAUCGAUUCUACUGGGUGUGCACUGCAAUUCGGAGAGAAUACUAUCCGGAGCACGAUUUUGAAUCACUUCCUGGGCAUUCUAUUCAUCUUGUUGCACCACUUUCUCUACAGAACCUUCUUCCGAUUGAUGUGGAAAUCAAGAUUCAAGAUAACGUCUUCGCUAUUGCUGCAAGUAAAUCAAUGCUAAUCACAUCUGUUGAUAUUACCAAAGAGCUGUCAAUUACUGUAUCAACUGACCGAUUGCAAUCUCAAGCACCACUUCUUAUCAACAAAGCUUCCAUCGGAGAAGGUACACUACUUUUCACAAAAAUGGCCGAUUCGAAAGGACAUUUGCUUGAUAUGUAUUGUCAUGUGAGACUAGGUGUGGCUCAGGCGAUUUCGGUAUCUCUUUGGGUACCCUAUUGGAUUGUCAACAAAUCUGGAAUACCACUGAUCAUACAACAAGAAGCUGUUAAAUGGGAAGCUGCUGGACAAAUGGAAGAACAUGAAAAAGCGAAAGAUAGACAUCCUCUGAUGUUCUCAUUUGCCGAUGAAAACUGUCCGAAGGCUUGUCGUGUAAGAGUUGGAAAUGCCUAUAUCAGAGAAAACGGAUAUCGAUCAAUUCUCAGUGAAAAAUUCACAUUAACUCCUGGAGUGCAAGCGUUAAAAUUACGAGUAGAACACAAGACCAAACCGACAUUCUAUUACAAUUUGGGAGUGGAGGUGCGGCCGGGAACCGGAAGGUAUAAGGAUACACAAGUUGUUCUUCUCACUUCAAGAUUUUUACUUCAAAAUCAAUCAACAGUGGCUCUAUCUGUCUGCCAUCACGAUCUAGUUGAGAUGGAAAAGGACCACGUUCACCUUGCUGCCCAAUCUUCUACCACUUGGAAUGAAAACUAUGCAGGAAGACGUAUGUUGUGUGUACGUCGAGCUGAUGUCAAACACUGGAGUUGUCCUUUUCUGAUCGAUCGAAUCGGAUCUUUUCAUGUCACAAUGCGAGAUGCUGAUGAAACUCCGAGAUUCAUUCGCGUCGAAAUUAUUCUUACUUCUGCAGUUUUCCAAAUCACAUUCACUAAUGCCGAUUUGUAUCCACCACCAAUCAGAAUUGAAAAUUUGACGGAUGUUCCAGUACUUUAUCAACAAGAAAGUAGUACUCCUGCUCGACCUCAUCUACGAACAAUUUGCAAAUCAAGAAGUGUAGUGGAUUAUGCAUGGGAUGAUUUGUAUGGUAAUAAGAAGAUGGUGUUGCAAGUAUUUGAAAAUCGAAGUAAAUCCUAUGAAAUCAGUCUUCCUGGGCCAGCCGAACCACUUGUUUAUGAGAAUAGUUCGUAUAUCCAGCUGGCUCAUAGCUUCACAAAACGCAGUGGAAAAGGUUCCGGAGAAUUCACAGAUGAACAAGAAUUAGUACUGGAAACGAUGCAAAAGGGAAAAGUGAUGUUGAACAAGCAGUGUAGAACGGAAGACAAUCAAUUGUGGAAGUUAUGUGCAGAUGGAUGCAUUGAAAAUGUUGGAAUGAAUCAUCGAAAACGAAGUGACUCUAGACUUGUUCUAGAUGUUCUUGAAAAGACGGGAGGUCGAUUAAUGAUGAUGGAAAGAGACAAAAGGCGUAACAAAUGGCAAAGAUGGACUUGGAUGCCUGAUGGAAGAUUAUGUCUCAUCGAUAGUCCACACUUGAUGAUGACAUCUAAACAAACAGAAGCUGUCGUUGUUGAAGCUGAUGGACUUGCACCGAAGGGAGAAGAUGGUGUUGCUGUUACUCAAAUAUGGAAAGUUCAGAGGCAAAGACCUGGAAGUGGUACACUUGGAGUCGAGUUUUUGCAUUCCGGUCCGACGGUUCUGAUCAGAAUUACUGAUAGAGAAUUUCAAACAAGAGCAGUAUCGGAACCAAUGAUUCAGGCAGCCAAUAAAUUAGCUGUUCUUGAUGUAAGUAUUACAAUGCGUGGAGGACUAGGAAUUUCGGUUGUGAAUGGACUUCAAGAGGAAUUGAUUUACGCGCAUUUUGGUGGGAUCGUAGUCAGUGCACGACGAGUCGACAAAACAUAUCAGAUGACAGGAAGUGUGGAUGUUAUUCAAAUUGACAAUCAGCUGCUAUCGUCUGAUCGAUGGCAAGUGUUGUAUUGUCAACCAGAUGCUGGACAGAACUAUGAUGAUCAGAUGUUGGAGCUUCCUGCUGGUAUUCCAGUCACUGGAAGACCUGCUUUGAAACUAGAAAUGAAUUGCACUUCUAUGAAACACUAUGAUUCAUUCGACUGCUUCCGUUUGAAAGUUUGCGACAUGAGUGUUCAACUCGACGAGCUUCUGCUCUGGAAAAUAGUUCAAAUGGCUCAAUCCUCGGACGCGGCUUCAUCGGUUCAGCAGAGAGCACUCAACUUACCACCGAACACCGAACUUGAAAGACAUGAUCCUUUGAGAACGAGACGAUGGUAUUUUGGAACAUUGGAUCUGGAAAUGGGACACGUUGGUUUGAGUGUUGUUACUGUAUCAAAAUCUGGUCUCCCACGUGAUCUGCGUCUUCUCAAGCAACAAUUCAAUGUGAAGCUAAUUUCAUUCGAAAAUGCUUCAGUUGCCUUACCCCCAUUCCGACAGUACCACUAUUUCGAGACAUCAUCAUUUCUUCUAGAAUCACUUCAGAAGUUCUAUCUGGCGGAGCUUCAGAAGCAAACUUUGAGCAUCAUUGUGACCCUCGAUGCAUUCGGAAAUCCACUCGGACUUGUCACAGAUCUUAAAGAUUCAUUCCAAGGCCUUUUCAUCGAAGGAGAUGUUCAGAGAUUUGUUGCUGGACUUGGAUAUGGAUUGUCAAACAGUGUCUCAAAAGUGGCAUCAUCCAUGGCUUCGGGUGUCGGUGCACUUACAUUUGAUCAGGAUCAUGAAUUGAAACGUCGGCAUAAUAUGAUUCGAUCACAUUCGUCUUCAUCAACUCCUCUCACACAUCUAUAUUCUGGAGUCAAAGGACUUGGAGUUGGUGUGCUCGGCGGAGCAACUGCCAUGUUCACGAAUGUUGCAUCGGAAAGUCGAAAGAGUGGAUUAGUGAAAGGAAUGGUUUGGGGAGUUGCGACUGGUGUUGUUGAUACUGUCACAAAACCAGUUCAAGGAGUAUUCGAUUUUGUUGAAGGAACUGCAUCGGCAAUGAAGGAAUUAGCAAUGCCAGCUACAGGUGUCAGAAGAGCAACCGCACUAUGCCGUGUACGAAUCCCUCGUCUCUGUCGAAACCUGUACCACCUGCUCCCUGCAUACAAUCCAAACCUAGCUCAUGCUCAGAUGGAGCUUCUCAGAAUCAAUGGAUACUCGUCAAGAGAGCAACUUCUCGAUGUUGAAACAUGCCUUGAGCACAUCGACGCGGCGAAUAUAGAUCGUAUCAUUCGUCAAUAUGUACUUAUUUCGACAAAACAGUGUUAUGUUUGUCGGCAGACGAAUGGAGAAAGUUCGAUUGUGAUCCAAAGAAUCGCAUAUAAAUAUUUGAAGAGUGUUGUUGCGAGACCUCCAUUGGAAAACACGUUUUCUAGUAUUGAAGUAAGUCUCGAUAUGGAAGAUGCACGUCUCCGCCAAAUCCAUGUAUGGUGCAGUAGAAUUGAAGUGGCACGCCGUCUAGCAGAUAAAAUGCAGAGAGCCAAGCAACUAUAUGAUCACAACAAACGAACAUUGAAUGAUGUUGCAUGGACAAAAUCUUUAUUUGAUUCGGAACGUAGACCCGAAUAGUUUUGACAUUUAUCACACAUUUAUCACUUUCUUCCUUACUUUUUUAAUUUUUUUUUUCUAACACCGGUUUUUAAUACCUGAAAUGGGCUAGUCUUUCCUUCUUAUUUUGAUUAGGAAAUGAUGAUCUACUACUUUGGAUCGUUCUUAAUUAUUUUUCUUAUCGUGAUGCUUUACAAUUUCUACCCUCAUCUUUAUUUCAUCCCCCUGUUAUUCCUGUGAUAAGAUUUUUCUCAUACUUGGUUCAGUUCCUUAAUUGGUUUUUUUUGCUGGGAAAACAAUUCGCUUUGACUCUUAAAUCGUGUAUGCUUGGACAUAAAAUCAGUUUCUUGUUUAUUAUUUAUUAUUCUUCUCUCCUUUAUUAUUAUUAAAUAAAUGAUUAUUCAAUUUAAAAA